AUGUCCGAAGUGUACAGCAUCGAGCCCAAGACGUCCGGCAGGGUAACAAUCUACACCAGUCUGGGCGAAUUGGAGGUCCUCCUUUUUUGCAACGAGUGUCCGGUGGCAUGCCAGAACUUCAUUCAGCUUUGCCUAAACAACUACUACAACGGAAAUAAGUUCUUCCGAGUCAUUCCCAAAUUCUUGAUCCAGACGGGGGACCACACAAACACGGGGCUGCACAACGAAUAUGCCUUCAAGGAACCCUUCCAGAACGAGUGCAACCGCCGACUCAAGUUCCUCUACGCGGGAUGCAUAUCCUUCGCUAACCUCAACAUAGACAAACCGUCCAAUGGAAGCCAAUUCUUUAUCACCUUAGACAAGGCAGAAUAUCUGAACAAUAAGAACACCCUGUUUGGGAAGGUCGCGAAACACAGCAUUUACAAUCUGCUCAAAUUUAAUCAGAUAAAAACAAACAAGAAGGAUGAACCGAUAGAGGAUGCUCCCUACAUUCGAUACAUUAAAAUCGAGGAGAACCCCUUUCACCACUUGGUCCCUUAUGUCAAUUAUGAGAGGGACGUGAAGGAGAGGAGGCAAGAGGAGACACGCCGGGAGCUGCCCAAAGAAGCGAAGAAGCUCAGGGGAAACUUGCUCUCCUUUGGCUACGACGAGGGGGAAGAAGCAGCCGAAGAGGGAAAUGCGCAGGGGACCGAGGAAAGCCCGUCGGGCGACACCCUCAGCAAUCGCCCCCCCGUGGAAGACGCAGCGAACCGAGCCCCCCCGGAAGGAGAACCCCAAAGGAGGACAUCCUUAGGAAGGAGCAGAAUGGACAGCAAAAUGGACAGCAAAAUAGUUGAGGACAAAAUCGAUAGGUUGAAAAAAAAAACAAACGACAUUGAAAAGGACAAAUCGAAAAGGAAGGAAAGGGACUCUGGCGCGAGGGACCUGGGCAGUUUGGAUGAGUCCUAUUUGAGGAAAAUAAGGAAGUACAACAAGAUGUCCAAGCGGGAGAGGGAGAAGCAGUCGCUGCAGAAACUGCAAGAAUUCGAUAACAGGCUGAAGGGGCUCUUUUCCCACGACGGAGAAACCAGGGAAGGGAUGAAGCAUGACUGGCUUAACACCCAGGGGUUAAAGUUCCGGAUUGACUCCGCCAAUGCAUACGAACAUGAAGACAUAAAAAAGAAAGUGACUAACCCAAUGGACAGUGAAAACAAACGUCCCUAUGAUUCGAAGUUCAGCAUGGAGAAAUAUAUAAAGGACCAGCGGUCGAAAGAAACCCCCGCGAAGUAG